AUGGCAACUGGCUGGUUACGUGGCGUUGUGAAGGAGGUCGUGUCCGGCGACACGUUGGUGAUUGCGGGCACCACGAAGGGACCAGGCCCCGCGCCGGAGAAGCGCAUUACGCUGUCGUCGCUCAUUGCGCCGAAGCUGGGCAAGCGUGAUGGCAGCAGCAAGGAUGAGCCUUUCGCCUGGGAUUCCCGCGAGUUUUUGCGCAAGAAGUGCAUCGGCCAGCCGUGUGUGUUUCGUGUUGACUACCUGGUGGAGGCCAUCGGCAACCGAGAGUUCGGGUCCGUGUUCCUCAACCAGCAAGACAACGUGGCCAUCGCGGUGGUGACCAACGGCUGGGCCAAAGUUCGCGCCAUCGGCAAGGAGCAGUCGCCCUACCUGGAGGACCUCAAACGUGCGGAGGAGGCGGCUCAGGCGGCCGGAGUGGGGCUGUGGUGCAAGGACCCGCAGAGGACGUCCCGGGCGGUGAGGGAGACGGUGGGACAGGAGGACGACGCCGCCAGCGCGCUGUUGUCGCGUGUGGGCAAGGGCGGUAUGGUGGAUGCGGUGGUGGAUGCGGUUCUGAGCGGGAGCUCCAUGCGCGUGACGCUGCUGCCCACGGGCACCAUCUCUCUGCUGGUCAACCUGGCGGGUGUGCAGUGCCCCUCCGUGGGGCGGAAGGCCUUCACAGAGGCCCGCGUGCUGAACCGCGACGUCAAGCUGGUGUUGGAGGGCGUGGAUAAGUACGGCAACCUGUUUGGUACGGUGCUGUACACUCAGCCGGCGGUUCUGCCCGGCGCGGCGGCACCUGCUGCUCCUGAUGCCCCCCCUGCUACUGCUGCUGUCGCUGCUGCUACCGAGCAGAGCCACCUCGCUGAGCAGUUGCUGAAGCAGGGGCUUGCCAAGUGUGUGGAGUGGUCGUUGGGCCUUAUGCCCAGUUCCGCCGCUCUCCGUCUUCGUGACGUGGAGAAGGCCGCCAAGGCCGAGCGGAAGGCCAUCUGGACCAACUACGUGCCCGCGCCAACCAACCAAACCAAGCUGUCGGAUAACUUCACCGGGAAGGUGGUUGAGGUAGUUAGUGGCGACUGUGUGGUCGUCAAAGACGCCACUAACGGAGCGGAACGGCGAGUGAAUCUGUCCAGCAUCCGCGCCCCGCGGCCCCCCGCCCGCGACCGCCCCGCGGAGGCCUGGGCCACUGAGGCCAAGGAGUUCCUCCGCAAGCGCAUCAUCGGCCGCCCCGUGGAAGUCAAGAUGGAGUACACACGCAAGGUUCUCACCCCUGAGAUGAUGCUGGCGGGGGAUGGGGAGCGGCUGAUGGCGUUCGGGAAUGUGGAGUUAGUCCCGGAGAAGGUGAUGAUGGGGGGCGAGGAGAAGCAGAACGUGGCGGAGAUGGCUGUGGCGCGGGGUUUCGCCACCGUCAUCAAGCAUCGUACGGAUGAGGAGCGCAGCUGCGUGUACGAGAGGCUGGUGGCAUGUGAGGAGCUGGCCAAGUCCUCCAAGCGCGGUGUGCACUCGUCCAAGGAGCCGCCGGCCAACAGGGUGAAUGACGUCAGCACGCCGGGGUCCGCGGCCCGAGCCAAACAGUACCUGCCCUUCUUCCAGAGAGCAGGCAAGAUGACUGGUGUCGUGGAGUACGUCCUGAGCGGCCACCGGCUGCGAGUGCACAUCCCCAAGGAGGGGGUCACCAUCGUGUUCGCCCCCAGCGGCAUCAAGACGCCCUCCAGACCCCAACCGGCAGCUAACGGAAAGCCCGCGGUGCAGGGUGAGCCGUUUGCGGAGGAGGCCUUCAGCUACACGCGGGAGGUGAUGAUGCAGCGCGACGUGGAGGUGACGGUGGAGACCAUGGACCGCGGGGGCACCUUUCUGGGGAGUGUGGUGCUAGUGCCGCAACAGCAGCAGCAGGGGGGUGGGGCAGCGGCCUCGGCUCGGCCGUUUAACUUGGCUCUGGCGCUCCUGAGCAAAGGUUUUGCCCGCCUCCAGCCGAAUGUGGACCCCUCCCGACUUCCCGACGGUGGGGAGAUGGUACGGCUGCAGCAGGCGGCUAAAGAGCAGCGCCUCAAGAUUUGGGAGAACUGGACUCCAGAGAUGGAUCGAGAGGAGGGGGUGUACGGCGACGAGGAAGGGUACGACACUGGAGCUACCCCAACCGCCGCUAACGGCGCCGGCGCCAGCAACGGCCAUGGCGCCUCUACCGCCGCCGCCACCGGCAGCUUUGCGGCGGCAGCGGCCGCCGGCGGCGGCACAUCGACGUCAGCAGCGGCGGCGGCCCCGGCGGCGGGUCUCCGUACCGGCGGCCGUGCCCAGGAGGUCCUUUCCGUGACGGUGACGGAGGUGGUGGAUGCCACGGAGUUCUUCGUACAGGUGGCGGGUGAGCCUCGUGUUGCCUGGCUGGCUGAGCAGCUGUCAGCCGCCUCCCUCAACGACUCGCCGCCCAUUCCCCCGGAACUGAAGACCGGACAGCUGUGCCUGGCUCAGUUUUCUCUGGACCAGUGCUGGUACCGGGGCUACGUGGAGCGUGUCAACCGCUCCGAACCCAUGUACGACGUGUUUUUCAUCGACUACGGCAACCGCGAGCGCGUCGCCAGUAGCAAGGCAAGUGGGCUGCGGAUGGUCCGUACCAUCGACGCGGCGAUGUCUGCCGUACCUCCCCAAGCCAUUCCGUGCUGCCUUGCCUACAUCAAGGUUCCGGAGCAGGGCAGUGACUGGGCGGCGGAUGCGCGGGCGUGCUUGUCCUCGCUGCUGGGGGGAGGGAGGCCCUUCCUGGCGCAUGUGGUAUCGCGGGAACGAGCGGACUCCAAGGCCAAGCACCCCAAGCAGCGCAACGGCAAGAUCACUGCCGUACUCGUUGAGCCGGAGACAAACACGAACAUGGCCGUGGAGAUGCUGCUGGCGGGUAUGGCUCGUCUGCCCAAGCUGCGGAAGGUGAAGGACGCCGCUGCGCGAGAGGCCAUUCAGGCGAUGCAGGAGUACGAGGAUGAGGCCCGGCAGGCGCAUCGCGGCAUGUUCAUGUACGGCGACCCGGGUGACUCGGACGAUGAGGAGCCGGCGGCGGGUGGCGGCCGUCCUGGCGGCGCCGGUCGGGGGGGUCGCCGGUGA